AGGUUUUGCAUGCGCUUUUGAGCAUCGUCCUUGGAGGUGGCAAGUAGCCACCGGCAAGCAAAGCUCUGGUGCCACGGCAACCGGAAAUUCCCUCUGCCAGUCGCCCUGCGCCUAGCUUCCAUGGCUAAGUUGCUUGCUCGCAACGGCUACAGUACAGGAGAAACGAUACCUUCCUUGCCCCCUUUCCCUCCAAAAUUCUCCCCCCGUCCUCCUCCUCUUCUCCCGAGCGCCUCUGUCCGUGCCUGCCGGUGCUGCGCCGUGGCCACGUUGCUUGCCCCGGUUACUUAACCCCCCGCCCGCCCCCACUCUGCAGUGCCACGUCGCGCUGAGCCAUUGGCCAUUGCUGCUGAUCGCUUCCAGCUCCCAGGCCUGUAGCUAGCUGCUAGCUGGUGGUUCGCCCGUUGCCGGCCCCAUGAGCAAGAGGCCGGUGGAGGCGGGCGGCGAGCGGCCGCCGAGCCGUGGCCGCGCCGCGCCGCGCUCGGCUCGACACCACGGCGCGGGCGCGCAGAGGGAGGCGGAGGCGGCGGCGGCCGCGGCGGCGGUGGCGGCCGCGCUGCGCGACGAUGCUGCCGUGAGCAGCAGGGCGGCGAUGGCGGCUCGCCCCAGGCGUGGGCCCAACGAGUUCGUCUCCUACCGCCAGCCCGGCGCGAGCGACGCGUCCAUGCAUCACCAUCCUGGCGACGAGCGCUUCCCCGGCGGGCCGAGCCACGGCGAAAUCCAGGAGGUCGACGAGCCCGAGGCGCCGGCGCAGCCGCCCGGCGGCGGGCGCGGGCCCUACUACAUGGCGCCGUGGCAGAGGCGGGGCCGGCCGCCGCCACAGCCGCUGCCGCCGGUGGCGGUCGACGAGCCGCGGUACCGGUACGAGCGCGUCCCGGGAGAGCAGAGGAUGAGGAUCCCGGGGCCGGUCCAGGCGCCGCGGAUGGGCGCGCGCCCGACCGGCAACGGCGGCUACCGGACCAACACCACGAGGGUCGAGCGCGUCACCACGAUCAAGCAAGACGACGACGGCGGCGGGCCUUACCAGGCGGGCGCGCCGGUGCCGGGCAACGGGAGCCCGCAGCAGCAGCAGCAGCAGCAUGAUCACCAGGGGUCGACGUCGCAGGCGCCGGCAGGACGUCCCCGCUGGACGCCGGGGAGGAGGACUCCGGCAGGCUCCCCGGGCUUCCUCUCGCCGGACCACGGCAGGAAGAAGCGCAGGCAGCUGCCGGCCUUCUGCUUCACCCUCUGCUGCAUCCUGUUCUGGCUGGCGGUGGUGGUGGUCGGCGUGGCCGUGCUCACCGUGUACCUCUACUACCGCCCGCAGCCGCCGAAGCUCCGGGUGACCGACGCGUCCCUGAACGCCGGGUACGUGGACGAGCUGACCGUCCCCGGCGGCCCGGCCCGCGGCCUCGCGCUCAACGCGGACCUCACCGUGCUGGCCGCCAUCACGAGCCCCAACGCCAAGGUGAAGAUGGUCCUCUGGUACAUGCAGCUGGACCUGUACUUCGAGGGCCACAGGAUCGGCACUUCGACGGUGCUGCCGGCGCCGCUGUUCGAGGACCCCCGCACCUACGCGCUCCGGACCGUGGACUUCGUCGUCAGCGAGGCGCCGCUGUCGCGGGAGGACGCCAUUGCGUGGCGGAACGGGACGGUGGCGGGCGGGCCCGUGAAACUCAAGCUCGUCGGGAAGUUCCACACGCAGCUCAACUUCGGGCGGUGGCUGCCGUACAGGUACUGGGUGUACCCGCGCUGCACCCUCUGGAUGGACCCGCCGCCCACCGGCAAGCUGGUGCGGGCACGCUGCUGACCUCAUAUCGACAUAUCGCCACACUGCAUUUUCAUCUAGCUGUUUUUUUUAACUUUAUUACUGAAGAAAUUCCGGGUUUCUUUCGUCUGUCUGAUGAAAUUAUAUGAUACAUAACGGCAGGAGGAUGCCUGGUAGUAUAGGUCAUUGGAGAAACUAAUUCAGAAAUUGUUCACGUAGAGACUAUGUCUAGAAGUAUUGUCGAAUCACGAAUGUAGUAUGUGUUAUGUGGGGCUGAAGGAUAUAAACGUUAGAGCCCAAGGAUUCCUGUUUUCUCGACAAGUUUAAUAUCCGUGAACAAAAAGCAGACUAAUAUCUAC